AAAAAAACAAAAAACAAAAAACAAAACAAAUGGUGUGCGUUAUCAUAUCUGCAACCAAACCCACCAUCCCAUUUGCUUCACUCACUCCAAUGGAAUAAUAACCCACAAAAAAAAAAAAAACAAACUUUAUAAAGAAAGCAAUUUUUCCUUUUUGUUCCCAACAACCCCCAUAAGAACAUAGCAUAAAAGCUUUUAGUUUACGCUUCUUCGACCAUAUUCUUCUUUCAGUUUCAGCAAUGGAACGAGCUCGGAGAGUGGCGAACCGGGCUUUCCUGAAACGACUGGUUUCGGAGGCGAAGAAGCAGUACCGCCAGAAUGAGUCUCCCGCCGCCCUGCAAAACGCAUCCUCUCCGAUGUCGUACACGCCGUCGAGGUACGUCUCGUCUCUCUCCCCUUGUUCCCGCACAAGAAAAGGCAUUCCCAGAUCGGAAACGGCGUCGUACAAUGUCGGCUACCGCGGAAUCGGAUCUCAGACCCGGUCGAUCUCCGUCGAGGCGUUGAAGCCCAGCGACACGUUUGCCCGCCGCCAUAACUCGGCCACCCCGGAAGAGCAAUCGAAAAUGGCCGAGCUUGUCGGCUUCGAGAGCCUCGAUGCGCUCAUAGACUCCACGGUCCCCAAAUCCAUCAGACUCGAAUCGAUGAAGUUCUCAAAGUUCGAUGAGGGACUGACGGAGAGCCAAAUGAUCGAGCACAUGAAGGAUUUGGCGUCGAAGAACAAGGUUUUCAAGUCGUUUAUUGGGAUGGGGUAUUACAACACCCAUGUCCCCCCUGUGAUUUUGAGGAAUGUGUUGGAAAAUCCUGCUUGGUACACCCAGUACACGCCUUACCAGGCUGAGAUAUCCCAAGGCAGGCUUGAGUCUCUCCUCAAUUUCCAGACCCUUAUAACGGAUCUCACCGGCCUGCCCAUGUCCAACGCCUCGCUGCUCGACGAAGGCACCGCCGCCGCCGAGGCAAUGGCGAUGUGUAACAACAUCCAGAAAGGGAAGAAGAAGACCUUCAUCAUCGCGACCAACUGCCACCCCCAGACAAUUGAUAUCUGCAAGACCAGAGCUGAGGGGUUCGAUCUUAAGGUUGUUACGUCGGAUCUUAUGGAUAUUGAUUACAAAUCCGGGGAUGUUUGCGGUGUUCUUGUCCAGUAUCCGGGGACCGAGGGGGAGGUGUUGGACUAUGGGGAGUUUAUUAAGAAUUCUCAUGCCAAUGGGGUUAAGGUUGUGAUGGCAAGUGAUCUGUUGGCAUUGACAUUGUUGACGCCGCCGGGCGAAUUGGGGGCGGACAUAGUUGUUGGCUCUGCUCAGAGGUUUGGUGUUCCGAUGGGCUAUGGGGGUCCUCAUGCCGCAUUCUUGGCUACUUCACAAGAGUACAAGAGGAUGAUGCCAGGCAGAAUCAUCGGCGUUAGUGUCGAUUCGUCGGGAAAGCCUGCGCUGCGUAUGGCUAUGCAAACAAGGGAGCAGCAUAUUAGGAGGGACAAGGCCACUAGCAAUAUUUGCACUGCUCAGGCACUGCUUGCAAACAUGGCUGCUAUGUAUGCUGUUUAUCAUGGACCUGAAGGGCUUAAAACGAUAGCUCAAAGGGUUCAUGGUCUUGCCGGGUUGUUUGCACUUGGAUUGAAGAAGCUUGGGACUGUGGAAGUUCAGGGCCUUCCCUUCUUUGAUACUGUCAAGGUCAAGACUGCUGAUGCUCAUGCAAUUGCAGAUGCUGCUUACAAGAAUGAGAUAAAUCUGCGAGUUGUAGACUCGAACACCCUCACAGUUGCCUUUGAUGAAACGACCACCUUGGAGGAUGUUGAUAAGCUUUUCAAAGUUUUUGCAUCUGGCAAGCCUGUCUCAUUUACUGCUGCAUCUCUUGCAUCUGAAGUUCAGCCUGCCAUUCCUUCUGGCCUAAAGAGGGAGAGUGCAUUUCUUACACAUCCAAUCUUCAACUCGUGCCACACCGAACAUGAGUUGCUCAGAUACAUCCACAAGUUACAAUCAAAGGACCUUUCACUAUGCCACAGCAUGAUUCCACUUGGUUCUUGCACAAUGAAAUUGAAUGCGACAACGGAAAUGAUGCCAGUUACAUGGCCUAGUUUCACUGACAUUCACCCUUUUGCCCCUGCUGCUCAGGCCCAGGGAUAUCAGGACAUGUUCAACAAUCUGGGUGACCUAUUAUGUACUAUUACUGGGUUUGACUCUUUCUCCUUGCAACCUAAUGCUGGAGCUGCUGGAGAGUAUGCUGGACUGAUGGUUAUUCGCGCUUAUCAUAAGGCAAGAGGGGACCAUCACCGCAAUGUGUGCAUCAUUCCAGUUUCGGCACAUGGCACAAACCCUGCUAGUGCUGCAAUGUGCGGCAUGAAAAUUGUGCCUGUUGGAACUGAUGCCAAGGGAAAUAUCAACAUUGACGAGUUGAGAAACGCAGCUGAAGCAAACAGGGACAACCUCUCGGCUCUUAUGGUGACAUAUCCUUCCACUCAUGGAGUGUAUGAAGAAGGUAUCGACGAGAUAUGUAACAUCAUUCAUGAGAAUGGAGGUCAAGUCUACAUGGAUGGAGCCAACAUGAAUGCACAGGUUGGUCUAACUAGCCCGGGUUGGAUUGGAGCUGACGUUUGCCAUCUCAAUCUCCACAAAACAUUUUGCAUUCCUCAUGGAGGAGGUGGUCCUGGAAUGGGUCCCAUUGGUGUGAAGAAACACUUGGCGCCAUUUUUGCCCUCACAUCCUGUGGUACCUACCGGUGGCAUUCCUGCCCCUGACAAGGCUCAACCACUUGGAACCAUUGCUGCUGCACCUUGGGGCUCUGCACUCAUUUUGCCAAUCUCUUAUACUUACAUAGCAAUGAUGGGGUCUAAGGGACUCACUGAUGCAUCAAAGAUAGCUAUUCUGAACGCAAACUACAUGGCAAAACGUUUGGAGAACUAUUACCCCGUUCUUUUCCGAGGUGUUAACGGAACAUGUGCGCAUGAGUUCAUCGUUGACUUAAGAGGCUUCAAGAACACCGCUGGAAUAGAGCCCGAGGAUGUUGCCAAACGUUUGAUGGACUAUGGAUUUCACGCACCAACCAUGUCAUGGCCAGUUCCUGGCACACUCAUGAUUGAACCUACUGAGAGUGAAAGCAAAGCUGAAUUAGACAGGUUUUGCGAUGCUCUCAUUUCCAUCCGGGAAGAAAUUGCCCAGAUUGAGAAAGGAAAAGCUGACAUUCACAACAAUGUGCUUAAGAGCGCUCCUCAUCCUCCGUCACUGCUAAUGGCAGACGCAUGGACAAAACCAUACUCGCGAGAAUCCGCAGCUUUCCCUGCCCCCUGGCUCCGCGCCUCCAAGUUCUGGCCUACUACAGGACGUGUUGACAAUGUUUAUGGAGACCGCAACCUCAUCUGCACCCUUCUCCCAGCCUCGCAGGCUGUCGAAGAGGAGGCCGCCGCCACUGCUUAAUCUCGGGACGUCCACGUCUGGCGUCGACUUUCUUUUCUCGAUUUCGGACCACCCUCCUCCUCCUCCUCCUCCUUACAUCCUUCCUUCCUUCACUGUAAUAUAAUUCAUCUCCCAUACGUUCUGCUGCAGCAGGGUGACACUCAUUUUCCUGAUAUGAUAAUGAUGAUCAACCAUCAUAAUAACAAAAAUGUUGCUCAUUGCAACUAAAAAAAAAAAAAUUGUUGUAAUUAUAAUUGCUUCCUUCUCAAUUCCUUUUGGUUUCUUUUACAUAAUGUC